GCACACAAAAGAAACAGUCUGCCUUUGCUCUCCGUCAAUGAUGUUUAUUUAGAACUCGCGCGAGGAAUAUUAACGCGGCCCGCUUGCGAUGACCGACGAACCUAAACAGUGAUUACAAAACAUAUUUCGCGUAUUUUGAAAACCCCUCCGUUUGCAGAGCGCGUGCGUGGGAACUCCGUUGUGAUUGGCGGAAAGAACGGAACGAAAACAUGAGUGGAACGGGUACCAAAAGUGUCAGUCGCUCGGCGUGCAACAGCAAAGGGAGCAUGAUUGUUGUAUCGAACCGCUUACCAUUCAUUCUCAAGAGAAAUGAGAAAACCGGUGACUUAGAGAGAAAAGCCAGCGCGGGUGGCCUGGUGACCGCAGUAGCGCCGGUGGUGAUCCGGGGCAGCGGCAUCUGGGUGGGCUGGCCGGGCAUCCACCUCGAGGACCCCAACGAAAAGAUCCCCGAGUCCGAUCCCAAUGACAAGACCCCCACUGCUGGCCUGCUCUCUAAGAAGAUCGUACCUAUCCGCGCUGAGCCCAAACUCUUUGAUAGCUACUACAAUGGCUGCUGCAACGGAACCUUCUGGCCACUCUUCCACUCCAUGCCUGACCGUGCCACGUUCAUCGCCGACCAUUGGAAAGCUUACAUCAAAUGCAAUGAGGAAUUCGCCGAGAAGACAGUCCAUGCGUUGCACCUCCUCAAGGAGAGCAAGGAGAAGAAUGGUUCUCCACCAAUUGUGUGGGUUCACGACUACCACCUCAUGCUGGCUGCUAAUUGGAUCAGACAGAGAGCCGAAGAAGAUGGGUUAAAAUGCAAACUGGCAUUCUUCCUACACAUCCCUUUCCCGCCAUGGGACAUCUUUAGACUUUUCCCGUGGUCUGAUGAAGUCUUACAAGGAAUACUUGGAUGUGACAUGGUCGGAUUCCACAUAACAGACUAUUGCUUGAACUUCAUCGAUUGUUGCCAAAGAAACUUAGGUUGUCGUGUUGACAGAAAGAACCUUCUAGUCGAAUUGGGUGGCCGCACCAUUUGUGUCCGCCCCUUGCCCAUCGGUGUACCAUUUGACAGAUUCGUGCAGUUGGCCCAGAAUGCGAAACCAGUGCUCUCUACAAACCAACAGGUCAUUCUCGGUGUCGACAGGCUAGACUAUACAAAAGGUCUAGUGCACAGACUAAAAGCUUUCGAAAGAUUACUCGAGAAACACCCGGAGCACAUUGAAAAAGUUGUACUUCUACAAAUCUCAGUGCCAUCGAGAACAGACGUGAAAGAAUAUCAAGACCUGAAAGAAGAAAUGGAUCAACUUGUUGGCAGGAUCAACGGGAGAUUUACGACUCCUAAUUGGUCGCCGAUUAGAUAUAUCUAUGGCUGUGUCGGCCAAGACGAACUGGCAGCUUUCUACAGAGAUGCUGCCGUGGCCCUGGUCACUCCACUGAGAGAUGGUAUGAACCUGGUUGCUAAGGAGUUUGUAGCUUGUCAGAUCAAGCAGCCACCAGGAGUGUUGAUCGUGUCACCAUUUGCUGGAGCAGGAGAGAUGAUGCACGAAGCCCUGAUAUGCAAUCCUUACGAACUGGAUGAUGCCGCUGAAGUUAUUCACAGGGCCCUAAUGAUGCCAGAAGACGAACGCACAGUGCGUAUGAACCACCUGAGGCGGCGCGAGCAACUGAACGACGUAGAUUCUUGGAUGAAAGCCUUCCUCAAAGCCAUGGACUCUUUAGAAGAAGAUGCUGAUGACAUUGGCGCCACCACCAUGCAGCCCGUCACUAUUGACGACUUCGACGAGUACUUGUCCAAAUACAUCGGCUAUACACAAAAGCUGGCACUUCUUCUGGACUACGACGGCACACUGGCUCCUAUAGCUCCGCAUCCUGACCUGGCCACGCUGCCGUUGGAGACCAAACACACGCUGCAGAGACUGUCCAACAUGUCUGACGUUUACAUCGCCAUCAUAUCCGGGAGAAACGUCGAUAAUGUUAAGAAUAUGGUCGGCAUAGAAGGUAUCACAUACGCCGGUAACCAUGGGUUGGAGAUUCUACAUCCAGAUGGCAGCAAGUUCGUCCAUCCCAUGCCGAUAGAACUAUCGGACAAAGUCAAAGAUCUGCUCAAAGCGUUACAAGAACAGGUGUGUAAAGAUGGCGCGUGGGUGGAGAACAAGGGCGCACUCCUGACAUUCCACUUCCGCGAGACUCCGCUGAACAAGCGAGCGGCCCUCGUGGAGCAGGCGAGGAAGAUCAUCGACGCGUCAGGCUUUACGCCCGCGCCGGCGCACUGCGCGCUCGAAGCACGCCCGCCUGUGCAAUGGAACAAAGGUCGUGCGUCUAUCUACAUCUUGAGAACAGCCUUCGGUCUGGACUGGAGUGAGAGGAUCAGAGUUAUCUACGCUGGUGAUGACGUUACUGAUGAAGAUGCCAUGGUGGCCCUCAAAGGUAUGGCAGCAACAUUCCGUAUCGCGUCUUCGACCAUCACCAAGACAUCAGCUGAGCGACGUCUCUCAUCAACGGACUCAGUCCUCGCCAUGCUGAAGUGGGUCGAGAGACAUUUCUCCAGACGCAAACCUCGCGCCAACUCGCUCACGUACAAGAGCGCGAAAAAAGCCAAAGAUCAGAUACAAAUGCACAUGUCUUACCAAAUGCCUACAAUGAUUUCGCCCAAGGUUUCUCCCUCGCGCACGCCUGACAAAAUAUCUGACAAGUCAUCAAGUGGCUCCGAGUCUAGUUAAUCUAUGCGACAUUUCGCUGAUGAGUAAAGCUUAUCCACAGAGGGGAUUUUUGAGACUUUUUAACAAUUGAGUUUUUUAUUUAGCGUGCUUAUGCUGAGUUCAAUAGGACGACUCGGUCAUCUUAAGCUACGAUUUCCGCCAUUCAGAUUGGUUGAAAAAAUAGUAUUGAAAGUGAAGAUGUAACAUGGGCACAGAGCAUUUUGUUGAACAUUCAAACUCUACAUGAAUGACUGCACAACAGUUAUUCAUGUCCCAUUCUGUUUUAGUCUUUAUUGAUCAGUGCGCUUAUUUAGUUCGCAGUGCAAUACUUAAACAUAAUCCUCUCUGAAGCUAUUCGAAAAGUAGGUAAGCAACAUUUUAGAAGUCUCAUUCGUUUUGGAAGUGCAAAAUUAGUAAUUUUGAUUGGUAGUUUCUAAAUGGUCUGUUGCUUCAGAGAAAACACAAUUUAUAAUCAAUUUUAAUAAGUAAAAUAUCAACUGUUCCUAGAUGCUAUAGGUACAAACACUACGUAUUGUCAUAAUAAUAUACCUAACAAAGUGACAUUAUAACUAAUUAAGUCGCGACUGAAAAUAUACCAUUUACUUUUAUGCCUUUAAAACUGAAGGACUAGAUUUUUAUAUUACUACCAGUUGUACUUUUAUGAAAUAGUAGACGCUUCAAAUUAAUUAGGCGUCCUUUUUAAACAUUUACUGUGUGCUUUAGUAGGUACCUACGUUUUAUAAACUUGUACGUAACUUUGCAUGCUAAUAAGUAGAAUUAUUGGCCCAGAUUCCUGCAGACACUUUUAUUUUAAGUUAUACCCGUCAUUUUCUUAUCCGCUUGAAAGGGACGGAUGAUUGACAACUGUCAAUUUCAAAAUGAAUGAGUGAAUGAAUGAUUAACCCGAGGGAAUAAAAUAGGCAUAUCGCUGAUAUGCAACCCGUUUGACGUAUGCUGUUAUCUAAAUUCUAUCGGGUUAUAAAUAAAUGUUAUGCCUGUCGAUUACCCGUUCUUUUCCUUUUUAGUGGAUAAGAAAAUGACAGUUAAAACUUAAAAUUAGAUGUUGUGUACUGGAAUCAACACAAUUGUCUUAUUUAUGUGAUAGAAUAGUGAUGAUACAUUUAGUUUUAAGAAUCUAUGGCUGUAGAUGUAUAAAUAGAAAUCUUGAUUAGGUAUACCUAAACAUUUUGACAUUUUAUGUGUAAUUUUAUCUAAUAUAAGCAAAAUGAAAUCGGUAAAACCAAUUCUAUUUAUGACGUAUUUUAUUCGAAAUCUUGUUUUCUUUAAUGGCUAUUUGUGAGUUGCACAACCGUAUAGCAUUCGAACUACUCUGUAAACGAUGCUAUUUGUGUUGUGAUGUAUGUGUAUUGGUGUAUGAAAUGAUGAAUGCAUGGCCAACUAGUCUUAGACAGUGUACCUGGCAGCACUUAGCAUAAUGUUACCAAACGCACUGAAAUAUCUCGAAUUUCAUUGGAACGUUGUAUUUUUAGACAUAUAUUAAUUGAUGUUUUUUAAGGAUUCCAAUAAAAGCGAUGAUGGACAGAA